GAGACGCAAGGGGGAUGGGGCUGGUCACGAACGCGUCUCUUUUAACUUCCCCGUGACAAUUACAGUUAGCCAAAACGUACACAAGUAGCCAAAUAACGUAACACUGCAAGUGAACGAGUGGAAACAGGAAGUUGAGCUUGAUGUAAUCAGCGUCACGGUGUCACGGCCACAGAUAAGUAAACGUUUCACACUGCCUUCAAGCCUAAAGCAGAUCCCUAGACUUUGUCCUGUCCUGGACAUUUUAUCGAUAAAGUUUGAAUUCGGACUGUCUCCCACUGCUACAAUGAUGGCGGCCGAUCAAACUGUGCACGGAGUUCCCCCUUCACUGUCUGCGAAAGUGGUUGGGUCAUUUGCCUAUUUCACUGUAAAAGACAGAUUGCCAACCAUCCUGACUAAAGUUAUAGACACAAUACAUCGCAACAAAAACAAGUUCUUUGAAGAAUAUGGAGAGGAGGGUAUCCAGGCAGAGAAGCAAACAAUAUCUCUGCUGUCGAAGAUGAGGAAUGAGCUGCAAACUGAUAAGCCAAUACUAGCACUGACAGAUGGCCUGCAAGACACAGAGUCCUGGAACCAGUACCUGCAGAGACACCAGGGAUUGCACGGAGACCAGGAGUCGGUCAGCUGGUUUAAGUCUCCAUGGCUUUACGUGGAGUGCUACAUGUACCGUAGGAUACAGGAGGCCCUCUGGCUCAAUCCUCCCAUCAGUGACUACGAUGUCUUUAAUGAGGGAAAGACUCAGAGCUUUUUUGAGUCUCAGCAGGCUGUAAUGACCUUGUGUACAUACUUGGAGGGCAUCAACAAAGGCAGGGAAGAGCUGUCUAAAAAUCAGCUGCUUGAGCAUUUCAACAAACUACUACUGGUUUCUCUGUGGGGUAACAAGUGUGACCUGUCUAUAUCUGCUGGCCAAGAGAACUCACAGAAGACCAGUCCAAUAGAUUCCCUCAGCAGCCUACAACCCUUCAUCUUGGUGGAUGACUCCAACAUGGUAUGGUCAACUCUUAUUUCUGCCCAAAGGCCAGGACAGUCAGGGAAAAUCACUGCAGGCAGAGUGGACAUUGUACUAGACAAUGCUGGCUUUGAGUUAGUCACUGACUUGGUCUUAGCAGAUUUCCUGGUUUCCUCUGGCCUCGCACGUGAGAUCCAUUUUCAUGGCAAAUCCAUCCCAUGGUUUGUCUCUGACGUCACAGCUAACGAUUUUCAGUGGACCAUCCGACAGACCAUGGCAGCCAAUCACAAGUGGAUGUCCAAGAGUGGUGUCCAGUGGCAGAGUUACCUGAAGGAGGGUGUGUGGUCCUAUAAUGAUCAUCCUUUCUGGACACAGCCCCAUGAAUUCUGUGACAUGGCAACUGAUGCUCCUGACCUGUAUGCGACCCUGCAGGGAGCAGACCUGUUGCUGUUCAAAGGUGAUCUGAACUACAGGAAGCUGACUGGGGACAGGGAAUGGGACCACACAGUGGGCUUUGAUUCUGCACUACGAGGUUUUGGGCCUGCGCCACUGUGUAGCCUGAGGACUCUCAAGGCCAAUGUUCAGGUCGGUCUGCAGUUGGGCCAAGGGGAGAAGCUCACCUCCCAAGAUCCAGAUUGGAUGACCAGUGGCAAGUACGCUAUCAUUCAGUUCUACAGCCCAAAGUCAAAACAGUAAGACUGACCACAGGAUCUCAGUGGGAAGAUGUGGAUUCAUAAGAAGUAUCAUUAAGCAGGAGAUGCCUUUAAGCCAUAAGACCAUUCAGUUAAAAGAAUUUGUUAAAUAGUGUAUUUGUUCCUCAUCGUUUGUUAGCACUUCAUGAUGUUUGAUACAGAAAUGCACGAUAAGAAAAAUAUAAAAUCUUUAUUUUCAAUACAGAUUUGUAUCAUCUCAUACUUAAAAUGCUAGCACUUUUGAAUCUGUUUCUCCAUGAUUUUAAAACAGUUGUUUACGGUGAGAAAUUAACCUCAAAGGUAACAAAUCAAAGUUGCUUUUUUUUUUAUCACAAAUAGCUUAUGUGGCGUGCACUAUGUAUUAAGUCACAAUGUUUACAGACUAAUGUAGAUGCUGUUAACAAUUAUUUAGGUGAAAUUAAGUAAGCAUUGGGCUUUAUAAAUCUCUGUCCUAGAGAAGCAGUACUUUAGUUUUUGCAUGCACUUGAGGAGAGUGAUGAUAAAUGUAAUAUAGUUGUUUUUAUGUUAAUUCCGCUCAGCUCAGGUUGUUUUACUGUUGCUCUCAGUGAUCAUUGAUAUGCAUGCAUCAAAACAUGCAGACAGCUAUUUAAAUAAGGCAGGUGAUAACAUUUGAUUACCACUUUG